AUGCUAUCGAACCACGGACACCACACCACGGCGGAACUUCAGCUGCACCGCUGGGCCGUGGCGGCCAUGGAUUACCCACGGACAUUGGAUUGCACCGUAGUCCCAUUCAUACGGGAGCGUGAGUGCCUUCAGCUGACGCAGCGGCCCGAAUCGGAAAUGAACUUGUACGUCGCCCCGCCUCGCCCCGGUGGUUACCACGCCGUGUUGCCAGACGGCGGGCUCAGUGGCAGUGGAACACACGACGUGGUGCUCGCGGUAGACCCGUAUCCAAGAGCAAGUUUUGGGCAUCUCGUGAUUAUCUUCUUUCUUGAUUUUGAUUUGGAUCUUGAUGCUUGCCGAGAAAGACGAGGAAAGUACCUUGCUAGCGGUGAAUGUCUCCAGCUUGCCGAAAAGCAGCGAUGUCGAAACCGAUUAUGGCCCCGAAGUGGACGGCGACGAUGCGAUAUCAACUUCCUCCCCCUCGUCUACUCCCCCUUCGACGAGGCAAAAGAGCAGCAUCUGGUGUGUCGAGACGAUUCUAUUCUAGGGUUUGGGGCUUGCCCGACGUAUCGCAGUGAUGCAGCUAACUACUCCAUGAACUGUGAGCUCAACAAGAAUACAAGGCGAUGUGAGGUUCCAUCUUUGAAGGUAAAAGCAAGAUGUAAGGUGUAUGAGAUCUGCGAUCAAGCAGUACUUAUCUCCGGGGGUUGGAAUAGACAGACGAGUCCUCAGUCAUCGGCAGACAAUGUACAAGAUAUGUAUUCUGUUCUCAGGAAAAAUGGAUUUAGAAGGCCCAACAUCAAAACAUUUUUUGCUGAUACAAGCAGUGUAUUAGAAGGCAUCGAUGAAGAAGGUUCAAGACACACGUAUCCAGCAACACAUAAAAUGGCUAUUCAGAGCCACCUUAGUACUCUGUGUAGAACGCCGUACUGCGUAGAGAGCCUUGUCAUCUAUCUAAAUAGCCCCACCCUAGCAGAUGGAACGAUGCUUCUUUGGGAUACGAAUCAAGAUGGCAUUGCUAAUGCUGAUGAGCAGUACACGGUAGCUGAAUUCCUAGAAGACAUCUCAGACUGCAAUGCACGGCACAUCUACAUCAUAGCAGACCAGAGCUUUUCCGGUAGACUGGUAGACGCCCUCGAGUUAGCAUCGGACACCACCCACCAUGAGAAUGUUGUAAUUUUCACAAGCGGAGGGAGUCUGGAAUACUCAUGGAACAGCGAGUUGACGAAUCGAUGGGUGAACUCUAAUCACACGACAAUGUGUGUAGAUGAAAUACACAGGGGAUAUGAAGACACGCUAUCUUCCACGCCGAUUCUCUACGAGAGCUCGCAAAAUGCCGCCAAUACGACUCUUUUCGGGGCACCCUGUGAUAUGCUUCCCUUUUUGACCCCGCACGAACUCCGCGUCACGUAUAUGGGGUGUCAAAACCUUCCCAUGACCCUAUGGUGGUUCCGCUUCCAGUCCACGCGGUCGACGCGAUCAACGUAUCGAUAGCAUGAAAUGGAGAUCAUUUUGUGAGGACUCGUGAUCAGAACAUUGAUGAUCAGGACAAUGUCUUUUUUCGUGUAAAGUUUGCUUUGUAAAAGCAAGCUGAAAUUUCAUUACAGAGCUUUCCUCUCCAUAAAGCUUUCUAAAAGUUGUGGAUAGACAGGAGAAGGAUUGACUUUGACCUAUAGCGAUUUUGACUCAAGAUGGCGCUGUUCAACAUCAAGCUGUGAUGUACUAGUACUCUAUCCAGUUAUAAUGAGCUGUUUAUGAGAUGUGCUUAUUAUAAACUUGAAAAGCAAUGAAACACUGUUAUCCUAAUGUUUCACGUUCAUUGUAUGUGAUUGAUUCUGAAGAGAUAUGGUACUGUAAGUGUCAAAAAAUGUCUAAAUGAUUUGUUUUGAAAGUAUAAGGGAAUCUUUCUUCAUAAUCCUAAUGUAGUUGGUAUUAUAUGAAUGCCUUUUAUCUCUAACCCAAUCUAGUUCAUCCCACUGUUGUUUUAGGCAGUGCAUUCAUUAAUCCAUCCCAUUUUUUAAAAGAUCAAGAAAGGAAAAGUUAGCUACUGAUCUUAGUCCAUUGUCAUAGAGUUUAGUUCACAUUUGUUUUAUUUAUUUUUUGUUCAUACGUGAAUAAAAAUUAUAAAUUUGUUGUUAAAUGAUUAGAGUGAAACCAAAUGUUUUCCCACCAUAUUCAUUUGCCAUGUGUUCCCGUUUGUUAUGAAAUUUAAGAUUUCUUCUUCAGAAUGUUGCAUUUGAGCCAAUUGAUAGGCUCAACUAAUAUGUUUCAGGAAAGUACCAAAAAUUUAGUUAUUUUUUUUUAAAUUAUACCCGUUUUCACAUGUUAUGUUAUAUUUGUUCUUUAUUUUAAAGUUGUUUUCAAAUUGCAUGAUUCAGUUUAAAGCUCACAUUCUUUCUGUUACCUUCCUCACUGUUAAAACAACCUUCAAUAUUUUCUUGCCAAUGAAGGCAGUGUUCUUUGCGUUAGCCAUCUCAUGUUCAUCACACAAAAUCAUUUUACCAAUUUUUCUAUUCAUUAAAUUCUUUUUUUUUCAAGAGUGGUCUUGUAUAUUGAGGCAAUGCCUGUAUGUAAAUAAGCAUAUUUAUGAUUGUAAAUGUACAAAGUGAACAACAGAUUAUGAGAGAAAAGAUUAUGAAAAGUGUUGUAAUUAUAGAUAGGCCCUAUUUUUUCAUAUUAUGUAGCCUAUAUAAGAGAACGAUGCAUUGCUUUUUAAUGUUGAGUAAGUAGUAUAGUGAUAUCCCAUCCUGCAUUACAGAGAUAGGGUCCCAAUGCCUGAAGGAUCAACUCGAUUAUUCCCGAUGAUAUGUUUGACUUUGUUGGUCUAGUAAUUAGAAUCAAUCUUACUUGAUUGUAAUGGUUGUGAAUGCUCAGCCUCCCUGUCACAAUAUAAUUGGAAAUUGUGAAAAUAUUUGAGUAAGUAACCAGAAUGAUUUAUAUAAGAUAAUAGUGAUAAAAAUAAUAAUUUCCUGAUUUAUAUAGAACUUAAUACAACGGAACGACUUCUCUAAGCACAUUACGGAUAUACCAUUAUCCCGGUUAUCUGAUCCUUGCAUGCACGCAUACGAUGUAUUCACUCUUUACAUUCCCUGGGAAGCAUUCGAACAAGAGUUCCAAGAUUGAGUUAUAAUAAUGAUAAUAUAGGUGUAUUUACCCAGGGAAGCCACUUCAGUUCUGAAAACUGUUCUCCCAGUGGGCCCUGUUCUUAUUAUUACCCCAGCUCUAGCUGGGCUGCCUAGGCGCUCAAGCAUUCAAGGAAUUUCUUCCUACCGAGUACCAAUUCACCUCACCUGGGUUGAGUGCAGCACAAUGUGGAUACAACUUAAGAUGUCAGACACGAUGAAAAAUGUAUGCUUAUAUUGGAUUGACAUUUAACUUUGAAGUGUUGGCUUUUAUAUCUCUUGACAACUGAUGUGUGGAAUCAAUCCCACUUCUGCCUCUGUUUGAAUAAUAUAAUUGUUAAUGCUUUGAAGUUCUGAUUUAGAAGGAAUUUGUUAUCAUUUUGUUAGCAUUUUUAUUGUUUAGGCGGUUACCUACUGUUGUUUAGUUUCAAGUUAUUUGCAAACCUUAAAUGAAAGCACCCCCAUACACUCCCUUAUUUUUCCAUCUCAUUGUGCUCUUCUUUGUCUUUCUGUCUCUGUCCUUUUCAUUCUCUCUCUCUCUCUCUGUCUUCCUCUUUUAUCUGUCAUUGAAUGCAGGUAUUUAUAUUAAAAAUAUUUCCUUCCAGUCG